CCUGCCUGCCACUGGCACUGGAAGACAGUUCAGAAACACGACAACACAGCAGCAGUCUAGUGGGAAGAGGCUAAGAAGAGAGGAGAGGAGAGAUCAGAGAGAGGAGAGAUCAGAGAGAGGAGAGGAGAGAGAUUAUCAUUUGUUUACAUUAAUCUGUCUGUUGGGAGUCAGGAUGGCAGACUUGAUUGCCCAGCUGAAGCAGACUGCGGAGGAGCAUGUGAUGGGAUUGACGGCGCUCGCAAUAGUUGGUGUGGGCUUCAUAGCUCUGCGUAGGUGGAUGGCGGGGGGUGUGUGUCGCAGCAAAGCUCGUCUGGACGGGAAGACAGUUCUCAUCACAGGAGCAAACACAGGCCUCGGCAAGGAGACCGCAGUGGACCUCGCCAGCAGAGGUGCGCGUGUGAUCCUGGCGUGUCGUGACAUGGGCCGUGGGGGUCGGGCAGCAGAGGAGAUCCGGAAGCGGAGCGGCAACGGGAACGUGCUGCUCAAACAGUUGGACCUGGCAUCCCUGGAGUCCGUCAGGCGCCUGGCAACCGACGUCCUGGCAACAGAGGAGCGCCUCGACAUCCUCAUCAACAACGCAGGUAUCAUGAUGUGUCCUAAAUGGCAGACGGAGGAUGGCUUUGAGAUGCAGUUUGGUGUGAACCAUCUGGGGCAUUUCCUGUUGACCAACAGACUGCUCCCCAUACUCAAGAAGUCCACACCCAGCAGAGUGGUCAACGUCUCCAGCCUCGCACACGAGAAAGGUAAGAUCCACUUUGACGACAUCAAUUUGGACAAAGACUACGAGCCAAUGAGGAGCUACCAGCAGAGCAAACUGGCUAACGUGCUGUUUAGCCGCGAGCUAGCCAAGAGACUGGAGGGCUCUGGUGUGACGGUGUACAGUCUGCAUCCCGGUGUGAUCCGUACGGAGCUGGGGCGGUACCUGUCUGAGUCCCUGGGUCUGGUCCAGAGGCUUCUCUUCAGCGUUGUGUUCAGGCUGCUCAGUCCCAUUCUCAAGAACACCAAACAGGGGGCCCAGACCACCAUCCACUGUGCUGUGGAGGAGAGCAUAGCCAACACUAGUGGACUGUACUACAGUGACUGUGCCCCUAAGCAGCCGGCUCCGCAGGCGUGUGACGACGAAGCAGCAAAGAGACUCUGGGACCUCAGCAGCUCCAUGGUGGGACUGGCCUAGGACACACACACACACACACACACACACACACACACACACACACACACACACACACACACACACACACACACACACACACACACACACACUUUUAUUCCUAUCCUUGUGCGGCCCUCCCACUGACAUAUAACACAACUACAGAGCUAAACUACUGCUGAAACUACAAACUACUGCUGAAACUACAAACUACUGCUGAACCAUGCCCAGACCAUAUCCAUCCAUAAGAAGCCUUAACCUGUCAGGGAGGAAAUUAUUUUGCACUUUUUCUUUUUUCUUUCAAAUUAACCAAGAAAGUGCUAUAUUUGUCUAGGCCUCACUGUUCCCCACAAAUCACUUCAGUCGGGAAGACUCUAGUCUAGUGGGAUUAUAGGAAGAUUCUUGUCAUUUUAAGGGAGGACAUUCUUGCCCCAUAUGUGCCCAAAUCACACACACACACACACACACACACACACACACACACACACACACACACACACACACACACACACACACACACACACACACACUUUGCGUGAUCUGUGUCUUGUCAUAUGUGCCCAAAUCACACACACACACACACACACACACACAAUGCCUCCAUGCUGAGGAAGGCAUAGGUCAUGGCUUUAUUCAGUUAAUUAUUGUCACAUCCAAUUAGUCUUUAGGCUUUGAGGAUGGUAAUGUUUUUAUGCUUUUAUAACCACUGGAAUAUUAAAAAUAAAUUAAUGAAGACUA